AUAAAUAAAUUGUUUUUUCUGUUUUGUUCCUCUUUCUAUCCACAAUUCUCAUUGACGCAUUCACACACUCUUUCACUUUCAGUGUUCCCCGACAAGGAUUCUGUUUCCUCAUCAACCCCACGCUAUCACAUGAAUGCAGCAAAGGUUCUCUCUAUGUUCGCCGUUCACGGUGUUGAUGCUUCCUUGUCUGUGGCACCCACCACAAACAACUGCUUCAAAAACACAUCUUUCACGAUACCUACUUCCCAUAACACUACGAGGUUAGCCAAACUUUUGAAACCUUGUUGCUGCACUAUUGACUCAAAAUCCAUCGGAGGAGAUGUUUUCUCGGUGACUCCGCCAAACAAGUGUGAUGUGGAUUACCUAGGCGAGAGCACAAAGGGUGAUUUGAAUGUUAAGUUGGAACAGCUUGAGGCUUUUGGAAUUGGUGAUGACGCAUUUGAAGGUCCAAUCGAGGAAGUGGCUAGAUCAGAGACUAGAGAGGCAGAAGAUUUGCUUAGAGAUUUGGGCAUUCCGAGCCCCUCUUCAUCCAGAAAUUCACCCCGUGGAAUAUUCUGCACCCGUACAUUGAAUCUGCGGUCAAUUAGUGCCAUUGGAUAUGACAUGGACUACACCCUUAUCCAUUAUAAUGUGAUGGCUUGGGAAGGACGAGCUUAUGACUACUGUAUGGAAAACCUUAAAAAUAUGGGCUUCCCUGUUGACGGACUUGCAUUUGAUCCUGACCUGGUAAUUAGAGGCCUUGUUAUAGACAAAGAGAGAGGCAACUUGGUUAAAGCUGAUCGAUUUGGUUAUGUAAAAAGAGCCAUGCAUGGCACCAAAAUGUUAUCUACUCGUGCUGUUAGUGAGAUGUACGGGAGAGAACUGGUGGACCUGCGAAAAGAGAGUCGAUGGGAGUUUCUCAACACACUAUUCUCUGUGUCUGAAGCAGUGGCCUACAUGCAGAUGGUUGACAGAUUGGAUGAUGGGACCAUACCGGCAGAACUUGGCCCCCUUGAUUAUAAAGGUCUUUAUAAGGCUGUUGGAAAAGCUCUUUUCUGGGCUCAUGUUGAAGGUCGUCUUAAGAGUGAGAUCAUGUCUAAGCCUGAACAGUUUGUGGAGCCUGAUCCAGAGUUACCUUUGGCACUUUUGGAUCAGAAAGAGGCUGGGAAAAAACUUGUGCUUAUUACCAACUCGGACUUUCUUUACACAGACAAAAUGAUGCGACAUUCUUUUAAUAGAUUCCUUCCAAAUGAUAUGGGUUGGAGAGAUCUUUUUGACAUUGUAAUUGUGUCAGCGAGAAAACCAGAGUUCUUCCAAACAUCAAGCCCUAUGUAUGAAGUGGUGACAGGCGAGGGUCUAAUGCGUCCGUGCUUCAAGGCUCAACCUGGUGGUUUGUACUCGGGGGGAAGUGCACAGAUGGUUGAAAAUUCUCUAGGUAUCCACGGAGAUGAGAUUUUGUAUGUUGGUGACCAUAUUUACACUGAUGUCAGUCAAUCCAAACUCCACUUGAGAUGGAGAACAGCGUUGAUUUGCAGAGAACUUGAAGAAGAGUACAACGCCUUGAUUAAUUGCCGAAGUGAUAGGGAAUCAUUGAUAGAGCUUAUAAAUCAAAAGGAAGUUGUGGGAGAUCUCUUUAACCAACUUCGACUAGCUCUGCAAAGGCGAAGCAAAGACCGCCCUGCUCAAACCCUUGCAGCAACUAACAUGGAUGAUGAAGACCUCACUGAAAGCAUGCAAAAGCUACUUAUUGUUAUGCAACGACUAGAUGAGAAAAUUGCGCCAAUGCUGGAGGCGGACGGAGAGCUCUUCAAUUCAAGGUGGGGAUUUCUAUCUCGUGCUGGAUUGUGGGAUAAGAGCCACUUGAUGAGACAAAUUGAGAAAUAUGCUGAUAUUUACACGUCUAGGGUGUCAAACUUCUUAUAUUAUACGCCGUUCAUGUAUUUCCGUUCUCAGGAACAGAACCUCGCGCAUGACUCAUACGCGCACUAUUGUUCACAAAUCAAUAACGAAGCUUCUUCCUAGAGACAAUGGAAGAAAAAUGAGGAGGAUAAGUAUCAGAAAUAAAGAAUCUGCAUUUGACAUUAUAACUUAUAAGUAGAUGUAUCAUUGUAACAAUAUUUAAACAUUGUGAUGAUGAUGAUACCACGUGUAUUAUUUAAGCUGAUAUCAAGACCUCAAAGAACUGAAGUAGCACUUUUGCUUUGGCCUGGUUAGAGGAGAGUAGAGACCCAAACAAAAAGGGAAAUAAACAUUACUAGGGACUAGGGAUUUUGUUUCAUGUAAUUCGUAAUUUAUGUUGAUAUGAUGUGAUCACAUCAUAACUUGGCAAAACAUUAUAGGAAUAUAUGCCAAGCAAAUUUGUGUCCUGUAUUUGGUUCAGAUGAAUUACAUUCCUACAAUAUUUCCUUUUGGUA